AUGUGGGCGGUUACCACCAUGGAACCGGAGGAUUUCAUGCAAGCAUUGCACGGUAGUACAUGCUUCUCGAAGAUUGACUUGGCCGAAGCAUACCUCCAGAUUCCACUUGCACCAACCUGCCGGCAUUUCACUACUAUCAACACACCAUGGAGACUGUAUCAAUACAACUUCCAACCGUUUGGUCUCCUUACAUCCUCCGGCAUAUUUCAAGCUGCAAUUGACGAAGUCAUCCGUGGACUCGAUGUCGUGUUAGGGUUCCAGGACGAUGUCAUUGUAUUUGGCACAACGAAGGCCGAGUGUACGUCAACCAAUUUGCAAUUGAGUGACGCGUAG